AAUGGAUAUUGGGAAGUCGUUUAAAGGGAAAGGGAAAAACAAAAGAUGGGAGGAAUGUAAACAUUGACGAAGCGAUGAAUAGUAACAAUGAUUUAAAUGAAAAUAAUAAUGGGGAGAAUUUAAUUUUCACAGACACUUCGGACUUCACUAAUAAUAAUGGGGAGAAUUUAAUUUUCACAGACGCUUCGAACUUCACUAAUAAUAAUGGUAAUGGACAAUAUAAUGACAGUAACAUGGAAUUUGACGAAAGCGAAUUGGAUGAAUACGUUGAAAUGUUUAAAAAAGUCUGGGAAACAUUACAAUCGAAUGUUCUAGAAAAAUCCGAUGACAAGAAUAUUCAACAUAAAAAAAUCACGAGACAGCCAAGACUUCAUGAAAAGAGUAGCGUGGAAGAUAAAACUUCUAUCUGUAAUGAGAAACUUUCUUCUGAUAGUGAAUCAUCGAUUUACACAGAUAAAACUAUACAAAAAGUAAAUAAUAAUAAGCGUAUCAGAAUAGAAAAGCCUAAAGCUAACGUGAAAAAACUAAAUAUUGACUUUUCUUUGAUUGAUAAAAUCAACUUUGAUGAUUUUAAUCAUAUUUAA